AGAAGUCAAACAGAGGAUUGGGCAAACUAUAGCAACCCUCUGAUUUCAGGUUCUCCUGUAGGAACAUGCUUCAAUACAAUCAGAGCCCACAUAUGCCCCAAGAUCCCUCCUUGCAUUCAAAAUUCCAAAUGUCUUCAAGUGCACCCAUAGAAAUCAGUUUUCAAAUGCAUCAAGAACCUGCAAGGAAUUUGCCUUUCCAAAUGUGCCAGAGUCCUCUAGUGAUCCCAAGAAGUCCAAUGCAAUCAAGUCAUUCAGUCCCUGAAAGGGACCUAUGUCCGCAAGAGUCCCAAGGUCCAUCAGGAAAAUCAAGUAUACAAAUGCAACCAGGUCUUGUAAUGGACCCAGCUUUACCAAUUCUGAGAAGCCUCUUAAUGCAUUCACCUCAUCAGAUACCUUCAAGAUCCUCAGUGAGAGCUGGUUUCCAGGGUUCUCUAGGACCUAUGGUGCGGUCACCUAGUUAUGGUGACCGACGAGUCAGCCUUGUGACUCCAAGGAAGCACCGGAAAAUACGCACUGUAUACACCGAGGAACAAAAGUGUGUGCUGAAAAAACAUUUUCAUAAGUGCACAUACCCAAGCCGGGAGCAACGCAUGGCACUGGCAGUUUUGGUUGGUGUCACAGCAAAUGAGAUCCAGAUCUGGUUCAAGAACCACCGGGCUAAGUCCAAGCGGGAGAGUCUCCAGAAUGUUCCAGCAGCACUGCCAGAGACAAAUGGAAGCUCUGAAGCUGUUUCUGAGUCAGUCCACUUUCCUGAUUCCUUACCCGUUGUUGCUUCUGCCAAUGGAGAGUCCAUGUGGUCAGGCACAUUUGGUGAGGAUUCCAUUCCCAACCUCAACUGGAGCCAGGAAUCUUCUCCGCCUCAUUAUCAGGCCUGUGAUAGUGCCAGGUAUUGUCCGCAAGAAUACCUGCUUAAUGGCCAUGCCCCUGUUACAGCUUGGAACUCUGGUCAAUCAGUAGCAGUUGAAGUCCAGACUGGCUUAGCAGUAGCUGAAGCUCCAGUCGUCAUGGUAGCUUCCACCCAAGGUCCAGAGUAUGCUCAAGAUUCAGGUCCAUCUACAGAGGAGCUCUGGCAACGGGUUCUUGAAGACUUUGAUGAGUUGGGGGAUUGAGAUACACCCCCAUAAAACACCUCUCACCCCCCUUGACUUAUCCAGGCCUUUAUAGAAAGGAAGAUGUUUGUUAGUGUAUUUGGAGAAAUUAAGUAGGUCUAUCUGUAGUAGUUUCAUGUCACUGGUUUAUGUAGUGGGAUUGUUUAAAAAACAUGGAAAAUAUUCCUCCCUUAUUGUUGAAUUACAUAUUCUUUAAAUAAAAGAAAGAAAACAUUUACUGGAGAAUU